AUCAUUGCAGUCGGAUGGCAACCCGAGAUCUGGGCUUCGAAAGGCUCAUCAGGCGAAAGGCCGUGGAAACCACCGGGACUUUGAGACUCGGCGGGCCCUACCCCGCUUCACUUCGGGUGACGGCGCUGUGACGAGCAACUGACAGGCGCAACGAAAGGCAGCCCUCUGCUGUCUGGAGAAAAGCAGAGGCCUGGGCUACCAGCCUCGGGAGGGAGCCGAGGGCAGUGUUUGGGGCAGCGGGUCACAGCGGCUGAAAGCGCGCGUGGGAAGCGAGGGUUCUAGGUGCAAUAAGAGUUUCGGGAUGUCAGAGAAAGAUGUCUCCCGGAAGGAGGCAGGCUAAAGCGUGGGUACCACUACCUGCCUCAAGACAGGUGGGAGAGAAGGGGAUGAGGCUGGUGUCAAAGAUCAAGGGUCCCGCGCUCUGAGUUCAGGGAGUUAGUUUGAUGUAGGAGGCAUAGGUCAGAGGUCUCACGCAAGUGAGAAGGCUCUAAGGGGAGUCACAAACCGGGGUAGUUGAAUCUUCUGGGAGGACUGCAUCUUCUCUAGCGAGCUGCUCUAUCAGAGGGGUCUCAGUCACCAUGGAGGACCGGCACCCCAAAGAGACCAUGGAGCAGCAGGAUUCGUCCAAGGAGAGAAGUCCCCAAAGUCCGGGAGGUGACAUCUGUGAGUACUGCUGACCAGAGAUGGGUGGGGUGCAGGAGCUGUGAUGCUAAAAGGAUUUCUAUAGCAUUUCAGUGUCCAGGGCGUUGCGGGGAUUUGCCUGUUGGGAAGGAGCUGUUAAUGGUCCCUGAGCUACUCUCCCAGGACCUGCUACUCCCCACCCCUACCCUUAUUACCCUCAGACGUACCCAUCCUGCUCUAUCCACAUAAGCAUGAAUGGGAUGCAGUUCAGAGGCACAGAGUGGCAUCCAGAGAGGCUUGGGGUGGGAGAGGUGGCUGGGAAAGGGCAGAGAGCCCCAGUCCCAACUCUGCCCCAGACUUUCAGUGUGACUUGGGCCUCCGUUUCCCUAUCUGUCAAAAGGGCUUGCCACUACUCACCUCAUGGGGCUGGCUGGUAUGGGGUUUGGCGGCAGAAAAGGGGAAAGCUUAAUGUUAAUGAAGGCAGCCAACUUGACCUAGGAUAAUAGCAACAGCUUCUACUGAAUGCUUAUUAUGUGCUAGGUGCAUUCUAAGAGUUUAACGUUUGUUAUCUCAUUCCGUCCUCCUAACAGACUCUGUGAAAUUGGUAAUUAUCACUUUCACAUGAGGGAACCGAGGCAAAGAGAGGUUAAGUAUUUAUAACGCUGAAAGCCACAGUGUCAAUGCUCUCCAGCCAGAGACCACCAGGAACACACCUGGAGUUGACCAAGUUGGGCUUAUUGCUCACUGCGCUGAGGAAGCACACAUACCGUGGGGCAUCUCAGUAAUAAGAAAGGACUUAUUACAGGAUUUAGGCUGUGGUAGGUGAUUUGGGGAAGGGUUCAAGAAAGGGGUUUUGCUGUGGAUGGAUGGUGCCAGGAAGCAGGGGCAAUCACAUGGCUGGCUAGCUCAGUACCUAGAAGGAGGGAGGAGCAAAGCAAGGCUCCAGGUGUAACUGGCAAAGCAGCAGCAGGCGCUCGUCUCAGCCAUGACGGGCCGGGGGAGGGCGUCUGGCCAUCCUCGUGGCGUGGACAGUGUUCCCGUUUUGUUGUGUUUAGAAGGCAUCACGGCAUGGUCUUGUCUUGAUUCGUCUCAGUCACAGCAUGGCCUCGUCUGACGAUGUUCUGUGAAAUUGUUUAUGCCGAACAGAACACCAAGGCCUAGCUGUGAGUGCCAGGCCAGCUCCUAGCUGCGGGGCUUCUUUUCUGUCUCAACAAUAAUUAUUGCAAACCAUUGUGUAGCGCUGUUCUAAGCACUUUUUAUACGUUAAUUCGUUUAUUCCUUACAACAGCCCUGUAAAGUAGAUACUGAUAUGGUCAUUACCCCAUUUUCCAGAUGAAAACGCCGUUUCUACUUGCCUCGGAAGCGGUAGAACCAGGAGUCAGUUCCAGGCAGGCUGGCUCGAGGCUGUGCUCUAAUCACAUGGCUCUGUAGGAAGGGCGGCCUCCCUGGGUUCCAGUCCCGACUCCGCCAUUUCAUUUCCUAGCUUCAUGACUGUCGGCCACUUGGGGGCCCUGCAGUGCACCCGCUGCCUCAUCACCUUCGCAGACUCCAAGUUCCAGGAGCGUCACAUGAAGCGGGAGCACCCAGCGGACUUCGUGGCCCAGAAGCUGCAGGGGGUCCUCUUCAUCUGCUUCACGUGCGCCCGCUCCUUCCCCUCCUCCAAGGCCCUGAUCACCCACCAGCGCAGCCACGGUCCAGCGGCCAGGCCCUCCCAGCCAGCUGCGCCCACCACCACGCCACCCACCUUCCCCUGUCCUGACUGUGGCAAGACCUUUGGGCAGGCCGCUUCUCUGAGGCGGCAUCGCCAGGCGCACGAGGCCCACCCCCUUCCUGGCCCCUUCGCCUGCACUGAGUGCGGGCAGGACUUUGCCCAGGAAGCAGGGCUGCAUCAGCACUACAUCCGGCAUGCCCGGGGGGAGCUCUGAGUGUGGCUCCAGCCCUCCCUAGGGCAAUGGAAGCUCUGUGGCUGGUGGGACACCCAUCUGAUAUGGGAUGGGAGGGAUUUACUUUCCUCCCUGGAAAGGCAAAGGACUCCUGAUCAAUAGGACCCAGAAGAUGCUCAUUUAGAGCUUCCGUCUUUGGAGGACACAAAAGCCUUCAGGGAAACAGUAAAAUCAAACAAUAGUGAGAAAGGAAGAAAGAGGGAAAUUUGUUAUUUGUAUCUUCCUCGUUCCCAAUGAAAUAGUUUGAAAUCAUAACUAGCUGCAGGUUGUGUUAUCACCAUUAAUUCUUCCCAGGUGGAGGCAAUGGGGCUGCAAGAGCCAAGUGCCUGGAUCUGGGCCUGAAUCGGGGAGGGAAAGUGAGGUGUUGCCUGCCUGUAAUGCCACCGAAUGGGUCCCACACGUGGAGCAACUUGAGCCUUUGGGGAUGGGACAGCAAAGUCAGAGGCUGCACUGAGUCACGUGAGGGUUGCAAUCUGGGCCCUUGUCUCUUCCCACCCCCUGCCAGCCUUUCCCACUCAAGGUGGGGCCGUGGCAUUGGAUGGCUCUGCCUUCCUCCUCCCCAGAUAAUUUAUUGUUCAUUGAAAUAAUUUUAUGUACCAUU